AUGGCAGACGCGGGCUAUCAAUCAAAUCUUAGCCUCAUGCGGGAAUUCUUAGACGAGUUCCGCUCGGUUAUGAGGCAGGAAACUCCUGGACCCAUCCCACGCCUGGCUUUCAACUAUGUUCGCGCCUGCUUGAGCUUGCUGUGCCAGUAUCCCAACAAGAAGUUGGCCAAGUUGUCUCUGUACCGGUGGCUCAACUGGUUCAUCCUGUGCAACGUAAUGAACGCCUUCUGGACCAUGGUCUUGGCCCUGCCCGAGUCCCAGAAUGUGAUCGAAAUGGGCGACGACCUGGUGUGGAUCUCGGGGAUGGCUCUGGUGUUCACCAAGAUCUUCUAUAUGCACUUCCGCUGCGACGAGAUCGAUGAACUUGUUUGGGAUUUUGACUACUACAAUCGGGAGCUGAGGCCCUAUAAUGAUGAUGAGGAGGUCUUGGGCUGGCAGAGGCUGUGUUACCUGGUAGAAUCAGGUCUAUAUAUCAAUUGCUUUUGUCUGGUCAACUUCUUUAGUGCUGCUGUUUGUUUGCAACCUUUGAUAACCGAUGGAAAGCUACCAUUCCACUCAAUUUGGCCAUUUCAAUGGCAUCGCAUUGAUCUGCAUCCCCAUAUGUUUUGGUUCCUCUACAUUUGGCUAAGCUUGACCUCGCAGCACAACCUGAUGAGCAUCUUAAUGGUGGACAUGUGUGGCAUUACCACGUUCCUGCAGACGGCUCUCAAUCUCAAGCUGCUGUGCAUCGAGAUUAAGAAACUGGGUGAUAUGAGGGUCAGCGAUGCCCGGUUCCAUGAGGAGUUCUGUCGGGUGGUUCGCUUCCACCAGCACAUCAUCAAGGUGGUGGGGAAAGCCAAUAGAGCUUUCAAUGGCGCCUUCAAUGCGCAGCUGGUGGCCAGUUUUGCACUGAUUUCCAUUUCCACUUUCGAGACCAUGGUUGCCGCAUCUGUUGAUCCUAAAAUGGCCGCCAAAUUCGUGCUCCUCAUGGUGGUGGCAUUUACCCAGUUGUCGCUAUGGUGCAUCUCCGGAACUCUGGUUUAUACACAGUCUUUGGAGGUGGCUCAGGCUGCUUUUGAUAUUAAGGACUGGCACACCAAGGCCCCUGCCAUCCAGAGGGAUAUUGGCUUUGUGAUCUGUCGAGCCCAGAAGCCCCUAAUGUAUGUGGCUGAACCGUUUUUGCCCUUCACCCUGGGUACCUACAUGCUUGUUCUGAAGAAUUGCUAUCGCUUGCUGGCCCUGAUGCAGGAAUCAAUGUAG